GCGAUGCGGCUGUCCCGCCCGGGGAUGGGGGGCACGGGGCAGAGCUCGGGGAGCUGCGCAGCCUUCCCACUGCCCCGAGAUCUGAGACACCCGGUGUGGAGCUCAGGGUGCUGGGAGACCCCCUGCCUGUGAGACUGGGGUGCUGGGGAACCCCUUGCCUGCAAGCUUGGGGUGUUAGAAGAUGCCCUGCCUGGAGCUCCAGAAGCUGGAGAACACCCCACCUGCGAGCUCAGGGUGCUGGAUGACACCUUGCAUGGAGCUUGGGGUGCUUGGGGACUGCCCUGCCUGAGAGCUCAGGGACAUCCUACCUGUGGCCUUAAGUAGCUCAGGGACAUCCUGCUUGCAAGCUUAGGGUUCUGGGGGAUGCCCUGCCUGUGAACUGGGGUACUGGGGGACAUCCUACCUGUGGAAUUGCCUAUACCUUGCUUGUACACUCGGGUAUACGCUGACCCUGAGCUCAGUCAGCAUGGGGAUGCCCUUCAUGGAAGCGUGGGGACGCCCUGCCUGCAAGCUCAGGGACACCCUACCUGUGACCCCAGGGAGCUCAGAGACAUCCUGCCCACAUGCCUGUGCCUCCUCUGCCCACCAGCACAACCCACAGCACCAGUCGUGGGCAGUGGUGGAUGUGAGUGGGCAGUGGGGACAUCUGCCAUGGGACGUGUGCCCUGCUCUGACACCCCCCGUGGGUUUGUUGCCUUGGAGGUCCAGGCAUGUGGGAUGUUCUCACCAGGGUGGGAAAGACCAAAUUCUGCUUGCCUGACCCAAACCCCACAGCACCAGCACUAGGCUGGGGAUGCCCUGGGGGCUCUGGUGGCUGCCACUUGUUCCCCCUGCCUCUGUCCUGCCCCAUCCCUGGUCAUGCUGGGUGCCUGGAUGGCUUCUGAAUCCAUGGAUUUUUGCCCUCUCCAUAUCUCUCUGUCGUUUCUCAGGUCUCUUCCCAGGAAGAGCAGCUGGGGCAGGUUGCGGGAGGUCUGUCGCUUGGCCAACAUCCCGUUGACUCCGGAGACCCAGCGGGACCAGGAGCGGCGGAUACGCAGGGAAAUUGCCAACAGCAACGAGAGACGGCGGAUGCAGAGCAUCAAUGCUGGCUUCCAGUCCCUGAAAACCCUCAUCCCACACACGGACGGGGAGAAGCUCAGCAAGGCAGCCAUCCUUCAGCAGACAGCCGAGUACAUAUUCUCCCUGGAGCAGGAAAAGACUCGGCUGCUGCAGCAGAACACCCAGCUCAAGCGGUUCAUCCAGGAAUUCAGUGGUUCCUCCCCGAAACGGCGACGGGCGGAGGACAAAGACGAGGGGAUCGGCUCGCCGGACAUCUGGGAAGAUGAGAAGGCCGAGGAUCUGCGUCGGGAGAUGAUCGAGCUCCGGCAGCAGCUGGACAAGGAGCGCUCAGUCCGCAUGAUGCUGGAGGAGCAGGUUCGCUCCCUGGAGGCCCACAUGUACCCCGAGAAGCUGAAGGUGAUCGCUCAGCAGGUGCAGCUCCAGCAGCAGCAGGAGCAGGUGAGGUUGCUGCACCAGGAGAAGCUCGAGCGUGAGCAGCAGAUCCGAACCCAGCUCCUGCCAUCACAUGCUCCCCCAGCGCCCACCCACCACCCCACCGUGAUCGUUCCAGCACCGCCUCCCUCCCAUCACGUCACCGUGGUCACCAUGGGCCCGUCCUCGGUCAUCAACACAGUCUCCACAUCCCGGCAAAACCUGGACACCAUCGUCCAGGCGAUCCAGCACAUCGAGGGGACGCAAGAGAAGCAGCUGCAGGAAGAGGAGCAGAGACGCGCCGUCAUCGUGACGCCGGUGCGCGCCUGCCCCGAGCCCUCCGCCUCCGACACCGCCUCCGACACCGAGGGCAACGACAGUGACUCCAUGGACCAGAGCAAAGAAGAGCCCUCGGGGGAUGGGGAGCUGCCCUGACACCCCCCAGCCGGCAGCCAAGGAGGGGAGCCAGGGCGGGGGGGGAAAUGUCAGAGAAUAUGCUGAAAUUUUUAAAAAAUACAACGCGAUUUGGGUCUCUUUUAUGACCUUUUUCCAAUACUGUAAAGCAGAGCGCCAGAGGCAGGCAAAGGUCACCCUUCAGCUCCCGGGGGGCGGCCACAGUGGGAUGCAGGGGGCUUGGGGCAUGGAGGGGGGGGGCGUUUGGGAUGGGAGUCACAGCUCCCCACCCUUUUUUUAUCACUCCCCCCACCUGCCAACCCACAGGGAAUCCUGCCAAGCCAGCAGCAGCCCCGCUGUUCCUGAUGGCGUUCCCUUGGGACAGGGCCUUUGGUUGGGAUCUUAAUUUGGUUUUUUCCUUCUCUUUUGUGUUUUUUUUUGUUUUUUUGUUUAAUUAAAUGUUCGUUUUUUAAGCAGGGGGGAGAUGCCAAGUGGCACGGCAGCAAAGGUGGGACAGGGACCCCUGGCUUCAGGGUACGACCAGCCCCACCAUGGCUCCUGCACUCCACGUGGGGCAGGAAAAACCCCUUUGGAUAGUAAAAUAAUCCCAGGAUGAUGCCAUUGGAGCACAGGCAGGAAGGUCGGCACGUGCCACCCCUCCCUGGUAUUUCCAACCCUCAUUUCCUUGGCACGGGUAUGGCGGGGUGGGGGCUGAUUUUUCCAACCCCACCCCUAUGCCCGUAUCCAUCCCUGUCCCCCAACUCUGCUCCCAUCCCUCCUUUAAGCACUUAAUCCAGUUUGUGGGGUCCAUCAGCUCCGAAGAGCUUUUCUAUUUCGUGAUUGUGUCGCUUGGGUCUGUCGUGGGGGGUGGGGGGGCCCCUGUUUUGUGGAUCCCCCCCUCGCCCCGCCUCCCCCCUCCCCGGCUGUAGGGUUUUAGGCCAGUCGUGUGUAGAGCCUCGGUGGUAUUUGGUAAGUUCCCCCCCAGCCGCAGCUGUUUCUCGGUUCCUUUCCCCCUUUUUUUUUUUUUUUUUGUUUUGUUUUGUUUUGGGUUUUUUUGUAUUUUUUUUACAAUUUUCAGGUCUUUGUGUUGAUUGAGAAGCUAUUCUAUUUUGUUAAGAAAGUUGAAAAAAAAAAAGAGGCUCGUGCCUUUGUAAAGAAACAA